GAGAACUUAAACACAGACUAUCAGAGCAGAUGAGAAGAGUGACCGACCGGAGUUUAAACCUGGUCCGAUGAAGAGAGACUUUGGCAGCGAUGCAACAAUCAGCCGGUGUGCACACAAUCAAUGCGCUGAAAAAUGUAGCUGCCUGCCUGAUACUGCUGCCUCGCUUUCUCGUGGCAGUCCUGGUGCUGUGGCUGCUGGAUUUCCUUUGCAUAAGGAAGAGGGUCUUGCAGAAAAUGAGGGAACAAGAAGCGAGCCCCGAUGACCCACCUCUCUGCGUGUCCGAUUCCAAUCGUAUGUUUACCUGGGAGUCGCUGAAGGCUGUAUGGCACGGCCAGAAACUGGACUUUUUCAAAACGGCUCACGUGGGCUACCUCGCCCCGAACACUGAAGUUGUGCAGCUCGGAGGGGAGCGGAAGCGGCGCAUUCUGGACUACGCCAAGGGGAAAAGACCCCUUAUCCUGAACUUCGGGAGCUGCACCUGACCCCCGUUUAUGACGCGGCUGAAGGCGUUCCAGCGGGUCGUCAGCCAAUACGCUGACAUCGCGGACUCUCUCCUGGUGUACAUCGAAGAAGCGCACCCCUCGGACGGCUGGGUGAGCUCCGACGCCCCUUUCCAAAUCUCCAAGCACAGGUGUCUGCAGGACAGACUGGAAGCCGCCCGGGUGAUGAACCAGCAGGUCCCCGAAUGCCUUGUUGUAGCAGACACUAUGGACAAUCCAUCCAAUAAUGCGUACGGAGCAUACUUCGAGAGACUGUACAUACUACAGGACGAGAGCAUUGUCUACCAGGGAGGCAGGGGGCCAGAAGGUUACAGGAUAUCGGAACUGAGGGAAUGGCUGGCUCACUACAGAAACAGCCUCCAGGACUCCACAGCUGUCGUUAUCCACGUGUAAUGAUGGUGCUUAUUAUUGAACCGCUCGUUUAUAACGAUGUGUAUGUGGUCUUCUUUACAGCACAAUGAAGCAGACAGAAUCAUUUCAAGUGUUAAAGCUGAUGUGAACCAUCGCGUCCCUGCAAUGUGCGUGCUGUUGUUGUUGCAGUAAACAAGUAUUAUACUUCACUGGACUCUGGAGAAACGCGUUGGGGUUGGUUCUAGAACGCCUGCGCAAAGCUUCCAGGAAUAGAACGGGGCACACGUGCUGUUGCUGUUUAUCAUACGAGAGCUCUCCAAGAUACUGGAUCUUCAUCUGGAACUACUCCAAGCGUCGCAUUCAGUAGCCAGGCUUCAUCGGCUCCCACUAACCAAGCGCAGGACUAGGCAGCGGUUGCGAAAUCAAAAACUGCAAUUUUAUUUUGCAUUAUUCGAUUAUGUGUGUCAAUUCUCAAUCAUAACGUUGUACUGUUGUUGCUUCUGUUUUGCUGGCGCCCUGUCCUGGAUAGGAUUGGGUUCAGCACAACCCCUGCACUAGUGAUACGACUCAUUGGGAAAGCUGUUCUGUUUUACGCACAAAAAAAAGACAAAACAUUCCUUCUCUGACAAUGUAAACUGAAGCUUCUUGUUUAAAAUGGUGCUUUUGCAGAGCGUAGCUUGUGUGCACAAUCCACACACAGCACUUUGCGCAAAAGUCAUUAUUAGCAUUGGCGUUUAAAUCCUGUUCGAUAAUCAGAUGGGUUUUAAAUAGGUGUGAAUUGGGUAUUAAAAUGAAUGCACUGUAAAUGUUAUAACAGGGAUCAUUGUGCGCGUCAUUUGAAACAGGGGUUCCUGGGUAUUCUAGAG